AUGGCAUCACCAGCUAGCAUACUAUCUGAUCGUAGUUUAGCUUACCAAUCCGGUAGAGCGAGUAACGAUAUUAUAGCAUCUCGAGGGAAUUCGGUCAGGCCACAAAGUAAGGCGCCACCAAAAACACCAACGAAUAACCCUCAAUAUGCGCCUUCAAUAUUGCCCGAAGAAGAGCGUAAGCCGCGCAUGGUCAUUAAUAAAAUGGUCCUGGUCAACUUCAAGUCAUACUUUGGUCGUCAAGAAAUUGGACCAUUUCACAAGGCAUGCAGUGGAAAUUACUCCUUCUCCUCGGUUGUUGGACCUAAUGGCUCAGGAAAAUCAAAUGUUAUUGAUGCUCUCUUAUUUGUUUUCGGAUAUAGAGCUAAUAAAAUGCGACAGGGUAAGCUAUCGGAACUCAUUCACUCGUCGCAGGGGUACGAAACCUUGGAUCAUUGCGUUGUCGAGGUGCACUUUCAAGAGAUACAUGAUUUGCCUGGCCAAGAUGAUUUUGAGGUUGUCCCUCAUUCCGAAUUAGUCAUUUCGCGUCAAGCAUUUCGCAACAAUUCAAGCAAAUAUUUUAUCAACGGACGUUCGAGCAAUUACACCGAGGUGACAUCUUUGUUGAAGAAGAGGGGAAUCGACCUAGACCAUAAACGAUUUUUAAUAUUGCAGGGUGAAGUGGAGUCGAUAUCGCAGAUGAAGCCAAAGGCGCCAAAUGAACAUGAGGACGGUCUUUUAGAAUACCUCGAGGAUAUAAUAGGUACAUCCAAAUACAAGGAACCUAUAGAAAAGUCUAGUCAAAAGGUUGAACAGUACAAUGAAGAACGUUCGGAAAAAUUGCACCGAGGACGUUCUCUCACAUUACGCAUCAAAAAGGCUAAGAAGAAGGAAGCUGAAGAGUUUCUUCGGGAGGAAAACAAAUUAUCGGUCAAGAAGUCUACAUUAUAUCAGAGGCACCUUUUCGAUCUCAAAAAUAUCAUUGAUAUUAACAUUAGGAUGGUGGAUCAAUUGAACAACGAACUCCGAACGGAACAGGAAAAACAUGCCCAGACCCACCAAGAAUAUGAGAAUCUCGAGAACUCAUAUGCGAAUUCCUUGAAAGAAUAUGCUGCACUUGAAAAGGAAACUGACCUAAUUCUCAAAGAGAAAUCGAAAUAUGAUAGAGAAGUUAUUCAUCUGGAGGAAAAAAAGAAGCACGCACAAACAAAGCAAAAGAAAUUGCUCAAAACUAUGCAGAAUGAACGGCAUGCUCUGUCAGAAGCCAGAACGUCCAUCCGUUAUAAUGAGGAUGAUUUGAAUAAGAGAAAACAGGAAAUUGAGCGCCUGGAGGCGUCUUUGGGCGUCGAAGAACAGGCAUUGGAAGCAAUUCGCGAAAGUCUUAAGGGUAAAUUUAUCGGCUUCACGAAUGAGAUUUUCGUUAGUGUGAACCCGUCGGCUUAUCAAAUGGAUGACGAACCAUUUAAUAAUUUAGGGAAGACGGAAGGAUUCACGGCCAAGAUCGAAGAGAAACAGAGAGAGCUAUCUCCGUGGAUUGAAAAAAUCAAUUCAAAGCAAUCGGCCAUCGAUGUUACCCAGUCCGAAUACAAUAUACUUAAUGAUAAAGUUAAUUCCUUGAGACACAACUUAGAACAAGCUGAAAAGGAUGUCGUUUCACUUGGGGAAGCUCGACGCUCAAAGGAACAAGAGAUAGAAGCUUCUAGGCAUCAAAUUAAUAUGGUGAAAAAGGAAAUUGAAAAAAUCGAAGUCACAUUGAAAAACUCCAAUGAUAUCCAAGAAAAAAUCAGGACGUGUCUUUCCGACGCUCGACAAAAAGAGAACGAGGCGAAAACACUUUUACAAUCGUCCCAGUCUAGAGGACAGGUGCUCACCAGCUUGUUGAAGCUCAGGGACAGUGGUCGCAUAAAAGGCCUUUAUGAUCGAUUGGGUAAUCUCGGAGUUAUAGACGACAAAUAUGAUGUUGCAAUCUCGACAGCGUGUCCGGCUCUUGAUCACAUAGUGGUCGAGUCGGUUGAAGAUAUGGGCUCGAUCACAACACCUGAAGGCGUUCCUCGGCUAUUCGAUCUCGUUAAACCAAAGGAUGGCAAAUUUGCACCUGCGUUUUAUAAGGUUUUGCAGAACACACUUGUGGCAAAAGAUUUGCAACAAGCCACUAGAAUUGCAUACGGAAAGCAAAGAUGGCGCGUGGUAACUUUAGAGGGUCAGCUUUUUGAUUUGGUCGGUACCAUGAGUGGAGGUGGUCACAGGGUGAUUCGCGGAGGCAUGAGUUCAAAACUCGUUUCAGAUGUGACGCCAGAAAUGAUUUCCGCGUUGGAAAAGGAGCGAAAUCGUCUGGAAGAUCAAUGGAAAGAAUUUAACGAACAGCGUAAGACCUAUGAAAGUCGACUUCAGCAACUCAAAAGCGAGCUACCUAAGAUGGAGCUUAAUAUAUCGAAGUUAGAAAUGGAUUCAAGUUCGUGUGCUAAGCGAAUUGCCGACACUCAGAAACUUGUUUCCGAACUACGACAGCAGAACAAACCAAAUGUCGAGGAUCGAAAACGAAUGCAGCAACUUAAAGACGAGAUUGAAAAGUUGAAUCGAGAAUUGAACAAACUUAAGAAUCACUCUUCAAAAAUCGAGGAUGAGAUUGGAAUUUUGCACGAGAAAAUUUUGCAGGUCGGUGGUGAUAAACUUCGGGCUCAGAAAUUAAAGGUGGACUCAAUAAAGGAACAAAUGGACAUGAUCAAUGACCGUAUCACAACGGCUCAAGUUGCAAAAUCAAAGGCCGAAAAAGAUGUGACUAAAUUUGAAAACUCCAUCAGCAAGAAUGAAAGGGAAAUAGAGCAACUUAAUCUAGAAAUGCAAGAGCUUGAAGGUAAUAUUCGACAAAAUACGGAAGCUUCGAGGUCUAUCGCAUUCAAGGCUGAAGAGGCAAAAAAGGCGCGUGGCAUUAAUAUUGCUGACAAGAAAGAAGUGUUGGACGUAAUCAAGGCUGAACGCGAUGAGAAAGCAACCAUAAUCAAUCACACCAGGGCCAUUCAGUUGGAAAUCAAGAAUAAGCUCGAAAAUAACGAGCGUAUCUUGUCGGAAAACAGGCAUAAAGAAAACCAUUUGGUUAAUUCCCUCCAAAAACUUACCCUUCAUGAAAUAAGUGACGACGAGCAACCGCCAGAAUUUCCGACUUUUUCUGAUGAUGAGCUUAAGGCAAUUGACGUCGAAACCCUGCAGAAUGAAAUUGAGGUUCUUAACGAAAAGAUACAGAAUGCCAAUCCAAAUCUAAACGUCUUAACGGAAUACAAACGUUGUGAGGAGGAAUAUCUGUCUAGAGCAAAGGAUCUUGAGGAAAUCACUCGUAUGCGUGAUGGGUGUAAAAAGGAAUACGACGAUCUUCGUAAGUUGCGACUAGAGGAAUUUAUGCAUGGAUUUACACUAAUAUCUCAAAAGCUGAAAGAGAUGUAUCAGAUGAUUACUCUCGGAGGUAAUGCCGAGUUGGAAUGUUGCGAUAGCUUAGAUCCUUUUUCUGAAGGGAUCAUAUUUAGUGUCAUGCCACCAAAGAAGAGUUGGAAAAACAUAUCCAAUCUGUCCGGCGGAGAAAAGACGUUAAGCUCUUUAGCUUUGGUGUUUGCCCUUCAUCACUUCAAGCCCACUCCAUUAUACGUGAUGGACGAGAUUGACGCCGCCUUGGACUUCCGCAACGUCUCAAUUGUGGCAAAUUACAUCAAAGAGCGUACCAAGAAUGCCCAAUUCAUUGUAAUUAGUUUGCGAAAUAACAUGUUCGAAUUAGCCGAUCGUUUGGUGGGGAUCUACAAGACAAACAACAUG